UUUGUAGUGGUGGUAUGAGAUCAUUUGGCCUGGGGUGGAGGCAAGCUUUGUGAAAGAGCUCCACUGCCCCCUUCUUGAGAUAUGUAGGGUUGCCAUCUACUUGUUCUUUUCUUUCCCCCUUUUUUAUUACUGCUAUGAUUCCUCUUGCUACCAACCUAUCAUGCAAUUGCAGAGCAAUGUGGAAAGCUUCUUAUGCGUAAUUCCUACAUCCCAUGUUACAGUUAAAGGAAUAGGAACCAAAACAAGGGGGUGGGGUUGUCAACCUGUGGGUCUACCAGAGACUCUCUGACAUUCCUGACUUCUUAAGACCUAAAGCACAGGGCUUUUGUGUUACCGGCAAACUUUAAUUAUCACCUCCUGUAAAAAGAAUGGCUUCCAUGCAAUACACAGAAGGCAGGAUUCAGGAGACAUACAAGAUAACCAGUUAAGUCAUUUCCCACAUAUGGUGUGUGUGGAGCCUGUAUUUACUAUUUAAAACACUUUGUCCAGUAGAUUCCAGGGUGGUUUACAAUAAGCAUAUAUCUUAAUCGAAAAUAGAAAUAAAAACAGCUUGCACAGGUUAGUGCCCUUGUGCCCAUGUUACAGACUAGCAAUGGGUCUGCUGUUUUCUACCAUUAAAACUGCCCUCUUUGGCUGCCCCGUGUGACAAGGUGCUUGCCAUAUCCUGGUUCCAAAAUGGGGUUGCCAUAUUCUAGUUCCACAAAAAAUCUCAUGAGGUUGGCUGCCAUACUAUGAACACUUCCCUUGGCACAAGCUGUAUUAAACGCCGUGGGACAGUUUCCUGCGUCAGCUUGCCUUGAAUCAUUACCGAUAUCUCCCAACUGUAUAGUUUCUGCAAGGUGCCUUUAGGUGGCACUGUUCGACUGAAACAUAAGCACUGCUGGAUUAGCUAACUAGCCCAGGUGUGCUGAACCAUAGUCCCUCCAGAUGUUGCUGAACAACCUCCCAUCCUCAAAGCUCCCAACCUCCCAUCAGCUCUAGCAAGCAUAGCCAAUGUCCAAGGAUGCUGGGAGUUGUCCUUUGGCAACAUCUGGAGGACUAAAGGUUCCCCCUGCGUGAUUUAGUCCACCAUUCUGUUUCCAAAGGGGGCAGCGACGUGUCUGGUUCCCAUCUCCUCCUCCGGCUUCUCCUCCUCUUUCGCCUACAUGCCCUGAAGGCAGAGGUGGAGCCAAGCUAUAUAGCGCUCCCCUCCGCUUGCGGAGCUGCAAAAGACGCAAGGAGGAGAGAGACACGGAGACUCAGUGCGUUAGCCUGACACCAUGGUGGGUGAAGAAAAUAUCUCUGUAAGGAAUCGCCGAUCAACUUAUGAGACUGCAGAAGAGAAAGAAGACUUGUCAAAGAGGCAUGAAGCAGACUGGUCUUUCCCACAAUCAAGCAAUGGUCAUGUUGACGUUGACCAUUUGGUCACUCGAAAGAUGCAGCUUUUGGUGGAGGCUGAGCAAAUGAAGCCAGCUUUCAUGCAGCGAAUCGACAGCCACUUUACAGAAUUCGUGAAUGGCUUGAUUGCAAAGUCCGAGCAGCUUGAGUCUUCACCCCCUGCCUUCUCAGCCGUGUGCUCAGAGAAAGACGGUGGCUUCAAAAGCAAAGGAUCAAGAGCACCUCCAGAACAUGGGAAAGUUUUUGUUGUUAGAAAGUCUUUCUUGGACGAGCUAUUUGAAGUGAAAGACAUCCGGACCAUACAUCAUGUGUUCAUUGCUUUCUUCAUCAUGAUCAUUCUCAGCAUCCUCAUAGUAGACUCCAUUGAUGAAGGAAGGUUGGUGCUGAAGUUUGGUCUCCUGGUCUACGCUUUUGGCAAAUCUUCUGUCGUUGCUUCCACUUGGCUUUACAUGUUCCUGUCCACCCUGACUGUGCCCUAUGGGCUCUUCCUGCUGUGGGCCCAGGGCUACCAUGGUUCCUCCCACAAGACAAUCCGCUCCGCUUUCUUUGGGGGUCUCCUCAUGAUCUUCCAAAUAUUUGCGCUUGGAGUGGUUCCAACUUACAUUGUCAUUGCCUACCGUUUACCACCAGUUUCUGCUGCCAUAGUGAGCUUUGAGCAGGUGCGCUUGCUGAUGAAAGGCUACUCUUUCAUUAGGGAGAAUACUUCUCGAAUACUUUCCUUUACGCCACAGAAGACAAACACCGUCCAAGUUCCUAAAGUUUCCCAGUACCUGUAUUUCCUCUUUGCUCCCACCCUUAUUUACAGAGACGCCUAUCCCCGAAAUCCUACAAUAAGAUGGAGCUAUGUAGCUACCAUGUUUGCAGAGGUCCUUGCGUCACUCUUCUAUUUGCACUAUAUAGGUGAACUAUACAUCUUUCCUGCAUUUCGGAAAUAUAGUCGAGAGCACUAUGUACGAGGGCUGGCCCUUUGCAUCUUGCACACCAUGCUUCCAUGUACAUUGGUGACAAUAAUCUUAUAUUAUUUACUCCUUCACUGCUGGCAGAAUGCUUUUGCUGAGAUGCUGCGCUUUGCUGACAGAAUGUUCUACAAGGACUGGUGGAAUUCUACAUCUUAUGCAAAGUAUUUCCGAACCAUGAAUGUGGUGGUGCAUGACUGGCUGUAUUACUAUGCAUACAAAGAUUUCCUUUGGUUAUUUGGGAAGAAAUUCAAAGCAGUCGCUAUGCUGUCGGUCUUCACUCUUUCCGCCGUUGUGCACGAAUACAUCAUGGCGGUCAGCUUUGGUUUCUUCUAUCCAGUAUUGUUCUUCUUCUACAUGUGUUUUGGACCGCUUUUCAACUUCAUUCUCAGCGACCGUCGGAAAGGCCCCAUUUGGACGGUGAUCCUGUGGAUUACGCUUGGGCUUGGUAUGACUGUGAUACUUUUAUGCCUCUACAGCCUGGAAUGGAAUGCCCAUAAGCACUGCCCUUUGAAAAAUCCCACUUUCCUUGACUAUGUGAAACCGCGUUCCUGGACUUGCCAUCUUAAGGUCUGACACCCUUUGGGAUAUCCCUCCGCAUCAAGGCCAGAAGAUGCUUGUCUUUUAAACAAUGGCAACAAGUUGGGCUAGCGUGUUAAAAUGACUGCAGACUUUUUAAAGGGAAACUGUCUUUAGCUAUGGCAAAAGUGGGUGCUGUCUGCUACUAAGGGCUGUAUCAUUCCCAUUUUAGCCAGAACCAGUGUCUUCAGGGGUUCCUGCUCUCUAGCUAAGGACACAAGCAGACCUGAUGCUGUUUAUGCAAUUAGUUCUUUUGAAAAUAAAUAGCAUCUGUCGAGCCCCAGUGUGGAUUGGAAUUGAGGCAUGGGGCUGAGGAGCUUUAACAAUAGGCUCCCAGUUUUGAUCAGGGGGAUCCCCACAGUGCUAUGUGGAUUAAAUUUUUAUAAGCAGCGAAAUGGUGGCCUUUGCUACAUGUCCAGUUUUACGUUUCUUGCAUUCCUCACUGAUGAUUACUGUAGCGAUUUGGAGGGCAAAUGCAGUUUGUGUUGAAGAACCUAGAGAGUGUGUUGGUUUGCAAUGAUCAUGCUGCUCCACUGAAAAUGCUGGUUUACUUUGUGAGACAGCCUUGGGUGGGUGGUGUGCUUAGAGCUACAAAAGGAGGGACUGUGUCAUUGUGAAAAACAAUACCCCUAUAUUGCUGACUGCUCACUGUGUAGUCUAUAAUCUGGAGCUUUUCUCUCAGCCGCCCUAAAGUGCAUUUCUGACGUGUUCUAAGAGUGCGGGGGGGGGGGGGCUAUGUACUAGCGUAGGCACAUAGGGGAAAUGCAAGUUUUUUGUGUUCUUGAGCUGCUGUCCUUUGUAUUGUCCUAAAUUUGGUGCCCUAGUAAAUUCUAGGUGCUGGCAGCUUUUCUCAUGUCAUCUAACUGCAGCAAAAAAUAAAAAGAAACUUAAUUCUGAUUUAUGCUGCAGAAAACAGUUUACGUGAUAAGUGUGCUAAUUUUAAUCAGUACUUUGAUAUGACCCAAGUGUAUUGCCAUUUAGCUAAGCCAUGUGUUCCAGGUUUAUUUGACUAAGGUGGGUGUGUCAUUGAUUAUUUUUGUGGAUUUUGGGGGAAGUGCCACCUGGAUUGAAUAUUAUGAACAGUAGUUUCAAGAUGCCAAACGCCAAGUACAGUAUUUAAUCUAGUUCAAAACUUUAAAAAAUCACUGAAACAGUAUCCACUUUUGGAGAAAGAUGAGGAAAUAUGAGCAUCUGAAUUUGGAUCAACACCUUGUGUAAGCUCUGAAGGAGUCUGAUAAGUACCCUUAACAAACACACUGUUUUUAGAGGCUACUCACUUGCAGGUUCUAGAUAGAGGUGUGAGGGAGAUUUCUGUUCCUAGAACAUUACAAACUAUAUGUGCAGAUUGUAGUAUUGCUAAAUCAGUGUUAACAUGGUAGACUCAUCCAUUCCAAAAAGCUUUUUGCUUUUGUUUUUAAAUUGUCUAUGAUGGCACUGUAAUUGUCGUUAUAAGAUGGCCGGGAUCCACCCAAAGAAUUUUCAUUGCAUUGUGUCCUUUUCUGCUGCUUGUUUAAAGAGAACCCCCCCCAAAACCUCCAUCUUCAGAAUAUAAUUUGAGAAUUUUAUCAAAUAAAUCCUGUUGUCUUUGGGGAAUACGUGUACUUUUUUCUAAGGCGGACGUGUGGGAAGAUCAGUAUACUAAUUGUAAUCAACCUCAUGCUUUGGGACUGAAUCUGUGAAUGUAAACUGAAUGGGCACAACAUGGUUGCAGAUCUCUUGCGAAUUAUCUACACAACUGAUUGUAACCUUUGUACCUCUGGGACGAGGCAUCCUGUUUACCUGGAAGGUGCUGGAUUGCAAGGCUGUAGUUUUCCUCUUUCUCAGAGUGAGCAGUGGAAAAAUUUUCUUGCACAGAUGGUGGUGAGAAGAGGACAAACUGUACCUGACACUGGAAUGGUUUUCCCAAGCCUCACUUGCAUCUUUUGUAAUAUGGAGAACAUUAUGGGUCAGGGAAGGCUGUUGAUGGUGGGAUAUAGAAUUGUUAACCGAGUCCAAAAUGUAUCGAACUGUCUGUUGUGACCUAUUCUGUUACUUGCAAGGGAUUAUGUGAUCUAUACUGUACUACAGAAAUUGAAAUAUAUUUUGCUAUCCAUGA